GGCUGUCAAACGAAUUUCAGAUUACUAACGAAAAUAUAAUAAAUGGAAAAAAAUUUAAUACAAUUAUAAUAAUAAACAUAUUUACUAUAUUGUACACAGUAAAUAAAUAUCAAAAAUUAUAUAUAAUAUAAAAAGUAUAAUAAACUAAUUUGUACUAAACGAAUUGAUUGAAGUUAUGUUUGGGUGGAGGCCACUGAACCGAUCAGAUUAGUAUAACACCGUGGCAAGAUAAACAAAAGUAAAAGUUUAAAAAUUUAAUACAAAAUGGGUUUGUGCAAAUGUCCCAAGAGGCAAGUAACAAAUCAAUUCUGUUUUGAACAUCGCGUCAAUGUCUGUGAACAUUGUAUGGUGCAAAGUCAUCCAAAGUGCAUAGUGCAAUCAUAUUUGCAGUGGUUACGCGAUAGUGAUUAUAUCAGUUCUUGUACUUUGUGUAAUACAUCACUGGAACAGGGCGAUUGUGUGCGUCUAAUUUGUUACCAUGUAUUUCAUUGGGAUUGUCUUAAUGCACGACAAUCGGCUUUGCCAGCGAAUACAGCGCCUAGAGGACAUCUCUGCCCAACGUGCGAUAGCGAAAUUUUUCCAACAUCAAAUUUAGUUUCCCCUGUAGCUGAUGCGUUAAAAGCGUAUUUGUCACAAGCGAAUUGGGGACGAAACGGUCUAGGUUUAGCUUUGUUACCAGAAGACUAUUCAUCUACCGCUAAGUCUUCAGCAUCGGUGAGCAGUAGCAAAGUUAAUACGCAUGCACCUGUCACUGCUGCGGUUAGUAGCAUGACCAAGGUGCAUAGCAAGUCAAAUGGUGUUUUCCCUACAGCCGCAAUGAAACAUGAGAAUCCACAUUCCGUUCUUCUAAUGGAUGCGUUUAGUCCACCAACAGCAAACGAUGUUCAAGCUAGCAGCAGAAGACCUCUAUUACCACGUCAGCCACCAAUUGGUGGCACCGAUAGAGAUGAAAACAAAUACAAAAGACGUACACCAGCAGAAAUAUUUGCUCGCUGGUCAAGGCGUUUCUAUGCACCAUCAUCACGUCCGCCCUGGCGACGUACGUGGUUCUUAGUGCUCAGCGGUAUAACAGCAUUUAUUGUGAUCAUUUAUAUAAUGGCUGUACUUGGUCGCAGUGGUUCUGAUGAUGCAUUAGGCGAUACUUGGAAUAAUCCAAAUCCUAAUCCUAAACAUUAUGAAUGAAUGGAAUGGAAAGACAAAAUUAUAUAUAAAUAAAAACGACAACUCGAUAUUGAUGUG